UAACAAUUCGGCUCUUAACACUCACCUCUGCAGAAGCAAGACGACAUAAAAACUAGAUAAGCAGCAGCAGCAGCAGCAGCAAGGCUUCCAAACAUAAGCUUCUUCACAUUUUAAAUUAUUUCAUAGAACAAUCUUCAAGGUAAGCCUGCCUACCAAUUUUCUCUUUUUCGCUAAAUUCAUAGCCACUUGUAAAACGCCACGUUCAGCUGUGUACCUAUUUAUCCAAGAAACAUAAACAGAGUGUGCACAGCCCUCAUACUAGUUCUGUUUCCAGCAUGUAUGCUUGAUUUCUAGGUUCAGUGCUGUAUAAGUUGUUGAUAAUAUGGAUUUCAUAGUUCAUACUAAUCAUUCCCAUGAAGGGUACUGCUCAUAUCAGCAGUUACUUAGAGAAAAUACAAGAAGAACUAGCAGUGGUUUUACUGGAGUUAGGGUUAGGGCUCGACUAAAUUUGACCAAGAAAACUUACGUAGGUCUUACAAAGUUAAAACAGGGUCGAGUUUUUGCUGUUUCUAGGACCAAUGAUAAACUUCAAAGUCUUGAUAAGCCACCAAAUGGGCAUUUUGGAAAUGGACAUGUUAAUUUGAAUCCUAUACAUUCUUUGGCCAAUUUUGAGGAAAUUGAGAGCAAUAAUCAUCUCCGUAGAUUGGUUAGGAAUGGGGAAUUAGAGGAAGGUUUUAGGUUUCUCGAGAGCAUGGUUUAUCGUGGGGAAAUUCCUGAUAUAAUCCCUUGCACUAGUUUAAUCCGUGGGUUUUGUAAGAUUGGAAAGACUAAGAAAGCAACCCAAAUUAUGGAGAAAAUAGAGAAUUCUGGUGCGGUUAUUGAUGUAAUUACUUACAAUGUAUUGAUUAGUGGGUUUUGUAAGGCUGGCGAGAUUGAUAAUGCCUUAAAGGUUUUGGACCGAAUGAGUGUGGCUGCUGAUGUUGUUACUUAUAAUACAAUUUUACGAACUUUGUGUGAUAAUGGGAAAUUAAAGCAAGCAAUGGAAGUUCUUAAUUGGCAGUUGGAGAAGGAAUGUUAUCCAGAUGUGAUUACAUAUACUAUAUUGAUUGAAGCAACUUGUAGGGAAGGUGGAGUUGGGCAGGCUAUGAAGCUUUUAGAUGAGAUGCGGACGAGAGGAUGCAAACCAGAUGUGGUUACUUAUAACGUUCUCGUCAAUGGGAUUUGCAAGGAAGAGGGGUUGGAUGAAGCGAUAAAGUUCUUAAACAGCAUGCCAUCAUAUGGAUGCCAACCUAAUGUGAUUACUCAUAACAUUAUUUUGCGCAGCAUGUGCAGUACUGGGAGGUGGAUGGAUGCAGAGAGGCUUCUGGCUGAUAUGGUUCGUAAGGGUUGUUCUCCUAGUGUUGUUACUUUCAACAUAUUGAUUAAUUUCUUAUGCCGUAAGGGUUUAUUAGGUCGGGCAAUUGACAUUUUGGAGAAGAUGCCUAAGCAUGGAUGCACUCCAAAUUCAUUAAGUUACAACCCAUUGCUUCAUGGUUUUUGUAAAGAAAAGAAGAUGGAAAGGGCAAUCGAGUAUUUAGACAAAAUGAUUUCUCGGGGUUGUUAUCCUGAUAUCGUGACCUACAACACUUUACUAACUGCAUUAUGCAAAGACGGGAAAGUUGAAGCUGCAGUUGAGUUGCUUAAUCAGCUGAGUAGCAAAGGGUGCUCGCCUGUUUUAAUCACUUACAAUACUGUGAUUGAUGGGCUUUCCAAGGCAGGGAAAACAGAUGAAGCUUUGGAACUUUUGGAUGAGAUGCGCGCAAAGGGUCUCAAGCCUGAUAUAAUCACCUUCUCUUCACUUAUCGGCGGACUAAGCAGAGCAGGAAAAGUUGACGAAGCAAUUAAGCUUUUUCAUGAUUUGGAAGUUAUAGGUGUUAGACCCAAUGCUAUUACCUUUAAUGCGAUCAUGCUUGGACUCUGUAAGGCUCGACAGACUGAGCGUGCAAUUGACUUCUUGGCUUAUAUGGUGUCAAGGAGAUGUAAGCCUACUGAAGCAUCGUACACCAUCCUCAUUGAAGGCCUGGCUUAUGAAGGUUUAGCUAAAGAGGCUUUAGAGUUGUUGAAUGAGCUGUGCUUAAGAGGAGCUGUCAGGAAAAGUUCAGCUGAACAGGUGGCAGUCAGGAUGUAGAUGCUGUUAUGUCAUCUUUUGCUCUCAGGUCAGAUUAUGCCAUUCUGGCCUAUUGUUACUUAUUCCCUUGAAUUUUGCUGUCCAUGCUCGUCGUAAAAGCCUUGCUUUACUUUUUUCCUCAUAUUCUAGUUUUAACAUUCUCAUAAUGAGCAAAAUUCAAGUUCAGUUUUAUUAUUAUGUUCUUAUACUCUGCUUGGUUUUGAUCAUGAAUAGUUAUCCUGUUAUCCAA